AUGUCGAUUUCAAUUGAAGCUUUGGCAAUGGCGGGUGUAGGCUACGAAGAGUGGGGUAUGGAUUUCGAGGAAUGGGAGCGUAUGGAGAUGGACCCACCUCCUCCCCAUUUACAUGCUGAUGAAUACGAAGAUGAACAUGAUGAAGAACUCUCUAUGAUGGCAACAGACACUACAGAAGAGUUGUGUGAAUCUACAGAAUCCAAAAACCAACUGACGGAUGUUUUUGAUGAUCAUUUUAUCAUGCAAUCACCAAAAACUUAUACAAAGAUUAUGCACCUCAGUCAUGGCAUCAAGCGAUUAAAGAUGUUGGUGGUCGCGAUGAUGGUGAUUAGAUUUCUAAGGAGGCAACAAAUUCUUUGA